AUGUUCGUUUCAUAAUAAAAAUGUUGCCAGGUAACCAAAAAGUCGUAUGAUUUUUUGCGAAUUACGAUCAUAAUCUUUACGAUCGUACAUUAAAAAAUAGACAAAUAAUAGUAUGAGUACGAUUUAAAUCGUAUAUCUGUCAACCCUGCUAGCAAGACAGCGACAAAAUCACGUUGCAUAACAAUGUAGCCCAAGCUUAUAUCUUAUGAAAUAUACGGAAGAGAUACGGACUUAGAAAAAACAGAAAUGUUGUUCUUUGUGGAAGUCAUUGAUGAAAUUCUAUGUAUUUUAGCCCGCAAACUUUCUUCAAACAAAAACAGCGCCAUCUAGUAUCGAGUUCUGUAAUUAUCUCUUUGUUUAUGGAUUUGAAGUAAGACCGCCACGCAUGCAAUACAUUAUGACUGGGGAUUCCCCUAUUCGUCGACGCUGAAUAUGAGGCGACGACAAUCACUGUCAAACGUGUUCACUAUUACUCUGACUCUGGUAACGUGACUUCCUGGUAACGUGUUAGGUAGGAAAAGCAGUAAAAAAGUGCAUAUUAAGGGAGCAGAUUUGAAAUAAUAUUUAUACUUAACAAGAAAUAAUUAAAGGUUCAAUGGGGAGACCUAAAGAUUUACGCAUAUGGGAGCACUACCGUACUUUACCAAACAAGUCUGUUUCUUGCAAGCUUUGUAAUAAGGUCUACAAAUUCAGUAAUGCUGCCAAAAUGCUUCAACAUCUUAUCACUUGUCCAAAAUCUCCAGAAACAUUAAAAGACUCUAUGAAACUUAUAAAAGAUAGCUCGUCCAAAACCAAAAUGUCUGGACUGUCAGAGAUAGAGACAAAUGAUUCUUUUAUAAGCCCCUCGUCGUCUGCUAACACUACAAUAAAUGCUGAGUUUCAAGACACCGAUGAUCAUAUAAAAACAGAAUUAGCGAGAGCUAUAUUUGUAACAGGGACGCCAUUAUCGAUGGUGCAACAUCCUUUAUGGAUACAAUUUUUCGAAAAAUUGCAACCAAAAUUUAAAAUACCUUCACGUAAAGCUUUAGCGACAAAAUACUUAGAUAAAAUAUAUAGAGAAAUGCGUUUUGAGUUAAAUGAGGAACUAAAUGCUUGUAGUUACUUACACCUUCAGUGCGAUGGCUGGUCUAAUUUAAGAAAUGAAGGAAUAAUAAACUUUCUUAUAUCAAAACCUCAACCUGCAUACGUUAAAAGUUUGAAUACAGAAAGUAAUCCUCACACUAGUGAAUACCUUAGCCAAGAAGUUGAAAAAGUAAUGAAAGUGUAUGGAGCAAAUAAGUUUCUUGUACUUAUUGGCGAUAACGCUAGAAAUAUACAAAAGGCAAAUUAACAAAACUCAAAUAUCCACAUGUUGUUCCUCUCGGUUGCUGUGCACAUAUCCUUAACUUGUUGUGCCAAGAUAUUGUAAAGAUACAAGAAGUAACUGUGUUUAUUAUGCAAGCCAUAAAUAUAAUAAAAACUGUUAAAAGGAGUCAACGAUUAAGUUCCUUGUUGAUAAAAUCAAGGCAGGGUGAAGAUUCUACACAAACACUAAAAUUGCCUUGUGCUACAAGAUGGGGAAGUCAUGUUACUUCGUUAAAAAGUUUGAAAGCAAAUAAGAUAGCUUUGCAAAUAUUAACAGUUAGAGAAGAUGUGGUAAUUUCAAGAGAUAUUAAAGAUUUAAUUCUAAGUGAUGAUUUCUGGACGAAGACAGGGGAAUGUAUAAGUAUUUUGGAACCAGUCACUGAAAGCAUAUUUUACUUAGAGAGCGACCAGAAUCGUUUGCAUCGCACAUACAUUACAUUUAGAGAUGUACAAGCUAAGAUACGUUUUGCAUUAAAUGAGAUUUCGACAUUGAGCGAAGAAAGCAAAUAGCAGAUUCUAACAUCAGUAUCUUAUGCAAUAUGGCAAUGAGGCCAAUACAUUUUGCAGCAUAUAUUCUAGAUUAUAUCUAGGAGUCGAACUUACUCAAGAGGAAGAACUUAAGGGUAUGGAGUUUAUCUACAAUUUAAGCCAACACUUAAGUUUGUCAAAUGUAAUGGCAGAUUUGGCGUGUUAUAAAGCUAAAGAAAACUUUUGGGCCAGAGGAUUUGUAUGGAGCUCAUUAGAUAGCAUUGAGCCCCUAAUAUGGUGGAAAGGUAUUUGUGGUUCCACUGAGUUAAGCAAAGUAGCGAUUCGUAUUCUAUCAGCUCCCUGUACUUCGGCAGCCACUGAGCGUUCCUUUAGUAUCCAAGGCUACAUACAUAAUAACAAAAGAAAUCGACUUACAACUGAAAGAACUGAAAAAAUUUCAUUCAUUUGUUAUAACUGGAAUCUUAAACAUAAAGCUGAAUGCGAGGACAUUCAGUUUAAUGAAGAAAAUACCUUAGAAGCUUUCAUUGAGCAAGUAAAUGAACAUAACAGUUUAGACGAAAUAGAGCCUAUCGAACCUAUACAAUUCAUCGCUUGUAAUAACUCUGAAUCUGACAGUGAUUGACUGUAGUUUUACAUUUUACUUUCAUCUCUUUCUUAAUAAACUCAAAAUCAAAUUAAAAGUUUUUUAUUCUGUAGGCUGCAUAAUAAUAUUGUCUAUGUCCAGU